GAAGAGGGGGAGCUGAACGUCAUUUGGCUCUGCAGUGAGCACCACUUGGAGGAGCCAUCACCCGUGACCCACCGCCUACAGAUCCACUGAAUAAUCCAGCGCAGGGUUUUAUUUUGCCUCAAUCCACAGUAAUCCAGUACCAGGUUUUGUAGCAUCCCUAUAUUGCCCAUUGCCUAUCGCAACGCAGGAUGAACUAGUGGGAACAGAAACACUAUGGCUGCCAGUCUCUCCCUGACUCAGCUUUCAAGUGGGAAUCCUGUCUAUGAGAAAUACUAUCGACAGGUAGAUCCGUCUGGCAGUGGGCGUGUAGGAGCUAGUGAUGCAGCCUUAUUUUUAAAGAGAUCUGGCCUUGCAGACUUGGUCCUUGGCAAGAUAUGGGACUUAGCAGAUUCCGAACGCAAAGGCUCGCUAAACAAGCAGCAAUUUUUUGUAGCCCUCCGUUUGGUGGCAUGUGCUCAGAAUGGACUUGAAGUGUCUCUUAAGAGCCUAAACACUGCUGUCCCUCCCCCAAAGUUUCAUGACACUAGCAGUCCUCUUCAGUUUGGCCCCGUGCCCACAGACUGCCCAUGGAUUGUGAAGGCCGAGGAGAAGCUGAAAUUCGAUGCCAUCUUCGACAGCCUCUCUCCAGUGGGUGGCAUGCUCACGGGCGAUAAGGUCAAACCAGUGCUUCUCAAUUCUAAGCUCCCUGUGGAUGUUCUUGGCAGGGUUUGGGAACUCAGUGACAUUGACAGAGAUGGCAUGCUGGACAAAGAUGAGUUUGCUGUGGCCAUGUAUUUGGUAUACAGAGCCCUGGAGUCCGAGCCAGUUCCCAUGUCUCUGCCUGCCGCUCUGAUUCCACCAUCAAAACGGAAAAAAAUAGCCACACCUCCUGUGGUGCCCCUCCUACCAUCUCCAGCACAGCAUAAAGAGAGAGGCUCCGCCCACUCUGGAUCUAAAACACUGCCAGCAAAACCUACACCACCACAGCCACAGUGGGUGGUAUCUCCAGCAGAUAAAGCCAAAUACGAUGACUUAUUCACCAAGACAGAUAGUGACAUGGAUGGCUUGGUAUCUGGUGCUGAGGUCCGAGAUAUAUUUCUGAAGACGGGUUUGCCAUCUGCUACUUUAGCCCGCAUUUGGGAGCUUUGUGAUAUAGGUGACGUCGGGAAGCUGACCCGGGAUCAGUUUGCAUUAGCUCUAUAUCUAAUCAAUCAGAAGCUCUCAAAGGGAAUAGACCCACCCCAGACACUCUCUCCGGAAAUGAUCCCUCCUUGUGAUAGACUGGCACGACAGAACAAUGCUGCCUUGGUACAGGCUGCUGCAGAUUUCUCCGCAAUUAAAGAGUUGGACUCGCUCACUAAUGAAAUCAUGGAUCUACAGAGGGAGAAGAGCACGGUGGAACAGGACAUCAAAGAGAGGGAGGAAACUAUACGACAGAGGACCAGCGAAGUCCAGGACCUGCAGGAGGAGGUUCAGAAGGGGUCAGAGGAACUGAGCCAACUCCAGGCAGAGCGACAGGAGGUUCAGGAGAAGCUGGAGAGGCUGGAUGAGCAGAAACGCUCUCUAGAGGAUCAACUCAGACUCAUACAGCAACAAUGCAGCCAGGAGAGCCAACUGAUCCAGUCAUUGCAGGCGGAGCACUCCGAGCAGGAGCAGAGAAUCGGUGAUUAUGAGGAGGAGUUGACCAGAGCCCGAGAAGAACUGCUCCAUCUGCAGGAAGAGACUCGUCAACUGGGAGAUAAAGUUCAAUCUGCUCGUGCUCAGCUCUGCCCCCUAGAGGAUGCUGUUAAAGAAUCCCACACACACAUUGCUCAGGAGCAGGAGCGACUGGCCGAGCUUAAAACAGAGGAAAGAGAAGUGACUGCACGGCUUACCUGGAAAAUCCUGGAAGAGCCAGUGCUCGUUAAUGGAACAGCACCCUCUCUUGAUCAGCCAGAGCAACUACAGUGGCCUCAACCUACUGCACAGCCACCAGAGAAACCCAAAGUCCAGCAAGAAGAGGAGCAGUCGUCCAUUGAUGAGCCACAGGAGCUCAGAGUCACAGAGGAGCAGCUCGGGUCAGAGGCAGAGGAGCCAUCCACCAGCCCAGAGGAACAAGAGCCUCAACCUGACUUCUAUAGCUGUGACUUUUAUAACAGUGGGUUCUCCACCGCCAGCUCCACUGCUGUGGCCUGGCCUCAGGGGAUCAUGGAAAGCACAACAGAAGCUAACCCAGAACUGGAGAUAGAGAAAGAGGAAGAGAAGGAAAAGGCAGAUGAGCAGCCUGCCACCAGCACUCCAAAGGCAGAGACUGUGGAGCAAGAGAAGAAGGAAGCUGCCCAGCCAGUCACAGUGCCACCCACUAACCCGCCUAGCGGUCCUGGCCUUGAUUUCUUUCACUCCGACCCCUUUAUUGACGGUGAUCUAUUCACUGAAGACCCUUUCUCAAAAGUUGACAUUUCAGAUCCUUUUGGCGGGGACCCUUUUAAAGGCACAGACCCAUUUGCAGCAGACAACUUCUUCAAGCAGUCUUCCGUUGGUUUCCCAUCGGGAGAUCCUUUUAGCUCAUCUGACCCAUUCAGCACUACCACAGGGCCAAAAGAGCCUGAUCCAUUCACAUCCAGGACCAGCAAUGCAGUCACUCCAGACCCAUUUGCCUCUAGUAGUGGUAACAUCCAAGACACAGAUCCGUUCGGAUCCAAAAUGGAUGCCCUGGCAGACUCUGAUCCCUUCAGCUCGACUGGCACAGGACAUGAUCCGUUUGGAGGAUCUGAUAUUCCUGCAAGAGAUGGACCAGCAGCAGCCAAUGAUCCCUUCGCGCCAGGAGGAACUACGGCGGUCGCUAACUCAGACCCAGAUCCCUUUGCUGCAGUAUUUGGCAAUGAGACUUUUGGAGGAGGUUUUGCAGACUUUAGCAGCUUAGCAAAGUCUAAUGGCAGCGAUCCAUUCGACUCGAGUACAAACAAGAAUGUAUUUAAGGAGGACACUCAGUCAGAUGUACCUCCUGCAUUACCGCCCAAAACUGGAACACCAACCAGACCUCCACCUCCACCCCCAGGUAAGCGGUCCAACAUCCACCGAUCGGAGUCGUCUGAGUCAUUUCAGAGGCGUGGUCUGUUCAAGGCGCAGGGUUCUGGAGAGUUCUCCUCCCUCCCCGCUAAAGACUCGGUACCAGACCCCUUCGCCCCUUCCUCACCCAACCAAGCCCCAAGUGACCCCAACCGAUUCGCCAGCUUUGAUAAAUACCCCACGGAGGAGGACAUGAUAGAGUGGGCGAAGCGGGAGAGUGAGAGAGAAGAGAGGGAGCGUGUGGCUCGUCUGACCCAGCAGGAGCAGGAGGAUCUGGAGCUGGCGAUAGCCCUCAGCAAAUCCGAGCUGUCCUGACCCAAGCUGGAUGCAAUUCCACAAUAACAAGGAAUAAAGGAGGAAGAGCUGGAACCACCAUAAUUAGCAGAAUCCUUCCACCUCCAUCUCCAGCCACUUGAUAAUCAUCUAGGAUUCCAGCUCCUUCUGAAUGUUCUCCCGGUGUCCAGUUGGCUGGAUAAUGUAUGAAGGCCAAGUCAAGAUGGAGGAAAAGGUAACAGACUUAUUGCAGCCUUCAUGGCUUGAAACCUUUGGUGUGACUCCCUUUUGUUUUUAAAUAACCUCAAAUCAAGAGACCUCCAGUAAUCUGCCGCUUUCCAUGUGACUAUGACCCAUCAAUAGCACAUGUACUGAAUAACUUUUUUCUUUUUUAAGACCUGAUGUCUAGUUCAAUAUAAUUGAACAAGUGUUUCUGAACAAAUCUAUCCCCAAUUAUUUGAAGUUUAGAAUGAUUAUUAUAAGGUUACUAAUGCAGUGAAUGUAUUUAGUUCUGUGACGGAGUGUUUCGAGAUUCAUUCGCAUCCUUUUUUGGGCAAUAUUAACACAUUUUCUUCAAGUUUACAAGCAGCCGAACUGGCCGGCUUCAUUUGCUUUUCAAAGUUUCAGCAAUAGUUCUCUGACACAAGAGGUUUUAUUGUGGGCAUGUAUGUCCACUCUCAGGAACAUAUCCCACAGGCCAUAAAACCUCAUAACUGCGACCUGAUCUGUGGAUUUCAGUUGUUAAAGAGGCUGAGGUGCUUGGUAACGUUAUCAGCUUACAUAAACCACUACUGGAACUGAAUUUCUACCCUACUAAAAGAGAACGCUGAUGAAAUUUAGAGAAAGAACAACCGUGCAACCGCCAUUUUAUCUUUAUAAUCUUACAGCAUUUAUACUUUACUCUGACUCAUUCUAUCUUUUUGAAGAAUCAAAAUCUUGACAAACUACUAAGAGUCAUUAUUUGACAUUGCAAAUUUAUAAAUAGCUGUUAUAAAUAAUAAAAAUGUACAUAUUUGUGAAUUAUUUGCCAGUAAUCUUGUACUACAGUGCAUUCAUAUCCUAAUACAUAUUCUAUUUUAUCAACAAACAACAAAAAAACAAUGUAGACUAUAGGAAUUUUGCUUAUUAAAGAUAUAAAAAUGUCCCUUCUUUCUUAAUCCUAAUGACAAGUGCUUAAGCAAUAUGAUCAAAGAUGAUUUAAAAAAUAAUGUGCCACAAAAAGUAAAGCAAAUCUUUAUCUGCGUUCCAGAAAGAUAAAUUUAAGCCAUGUUAAAUCAGGCUGUAAUAUCUUUUCGAGUGCCUACCUGUUCACCCUUACCUUGGCGAGAGAAAAUCAAGACAAUAAUUUGAUCUUUUGUUAAUAGUUUCAUAACAUUAAUCUUUUCAAAAGCACCCUUAAUGCUCCAAUGCAAUGUUUCCAGUGUCAAUUAGGAUAAAGGAACCAUUAGCUUGUGCAGCUGCUGUCCUUUUAUUUAUCUUGCACAACAUUCAGUCACUGCCACAUUUCUCUCUGGGGAUCAGUAGUGCCCAGUUGGUCACAUAUUCAUAUGCACAAAUUGGCUUUAGAGUCAGUGAAUUUAAACUUAGUACCAAUGCAAUUAUCAAUAUAUUUGCAACAUGUCAUAGCCAUUUCAGGUGUCUGAAUGUAGUUUCACCAGAAGGUGGACCCACUGAGACUUUUCAGCACACUCUGCUUUGAAAGACGAGAACCUGCUCUCAAGGUUCAGUCUCAUGGGCUUAGUUGGAUUCUGGAUUCUACAAUAGAUGUGCUUUGCGAAGACGUUCUUUCACACAGACUUUAUAUAUGAAAGCAUCUGAAAUGGAAGAAUGUGCUUCUUUUUGAAUGCUUUUUCAGAUUUUUUUUUUUUUUUCUCCAGUAUUGCCCUUUGACCUUUGCUUUAGGAAUCUAGCUUGGCUUUGGGCACAGAAAUAUGUGGCGGAAGUGAAAAUAAUGAUAGAAGGGAAUAGCAAACUUUGUGUCUUAUCUGGCUUUAAAAACACAGCAUUAAAAACACAUUCACACUCUUCAUUUCAAGCUGAUGUUUGUCCUUCUGGCUGCUGCUUAUCUAUUAUCGGCCCUCCGUAUUGAUAAAAGUUAUCUUAUGCUCUGUCUGUUGUUGAUCAUGUAUGUAUGUAUGUAUGUAUGUAUGUAUGUAUAAGCUUUGUGUGCCUCUAAAAGAAAACCACUUAUAUAUUGGCCACUGACUGCCUUUUAAGAACAGGCUAAUUGUAUUUUAUUUUUUUAACGUCCCUUUAUUGGAGGCAGUUGUUUAAAUAUGUUAAGUAACAUGUAAUUAAAACAAAAUAAAUAUUAAACUAUUAAAAAUAAA